AUGCCGUCUCUCCGGCCUCUGUUCAACCCGAUCCUGGGCCCAGAGCCCCACAAACCAGACCGGGUUCCCACAGACACCGUGGUGCAGCUCUCAGCAAUGGACAGCUCCUGGAUGAUGCGCAUGAUGAUUAUGAGCUGGAGCAUGUGCUUCCACGACGUGCUCGACCCGUCCAUGCUCCACGCCUCGCUCUCCGAGCUCCUCACCAUUGGAAACUGGAGGAAGUUGGGCGGUAGGCCGCGACUAACGAAAGACGGUCAAAUCGAGCUUCACAUCCCUCAAUCCUUCACUCCGUCUCGCCCAGCAGUCCACUUCACAACAGAACCUAACCCAUCAAGCGUACAAUCUCACCCUCUAUCCUCAACCAUCCCCUCCCUCUUCUCCCCUCCCAAAACCACCUCUCCAAAUCUUCCCCUCAUCCUCGACACCCCCUCAACUCUCACCCCCCUGCUCGCCGGCCCCGAAGCACCAAAGACCUUUGCAGACUACACCACCUCAGACAGGCCCCUCCUCUCCCUUCACGUCAUAACCUUUUCCGACGCAACCUUUGUCACGAUAACCUACCCGCACAGCAUCACAGACGGCAUGGGCCGCCGCGACCUCGUCGACAACUGGUGCCGCGUCCUCGCAGGCAGGCAAGACGCCGUCGUGCCUCUGGCGGACCCGGCCUUCGAUCCCAUGUCAAACAUCGCAAAGGCAGAGAAGCCGCGCUAUGACGAGCCUUUCCUGUGGGAGCACAAGAAGCUCACGGGGUGGGGGAAAGUGCGGUUCACGCUGGGGUUGCUGUGGUACCUCCUCACGAACCGCAUCCGCCAGCGAAACAUCUUCAUUCCCGCCGCGUCGCUCAAGACGCUCCGCGAGCGCGCCGAGGCAGAUGUGGCGACCGGGGAUGACCAGCAGACGACGGCAACGACGGGACGCCUCAGCGACGGCGACAUCCUGACGGCGUACCUCGUCCGCCUAGCCUGCUCCCACAUCCCCGCAACAGCCCCCGCCAAACCCAUCUCCAUCUCCACGGCCCUCGACCUGCGCGGCCGCCUGCACGAGGACGACAUGCCCUCUAACGUAGCCCACGUCUCCAACCUCGUGGCGUACAACUGGACCAACACGACGGCUCUGGGGAUCCUGCACGGGCCGUUUGGGAAGGCGGUCGCCCUCAUCCGCAACUCUGUCAGGUCCCAGCUCACCGACGCGCAAGUGUACGCCUCAACGAGGCUCACCUACAACGCCGUCGCGGAGAAUGGGAGCACGAACCAGUUUACUGAGCCCAAUGGGUUCGUGGUAUCCGUGUCGAAUGUGUCCAAGGCGAGGUUUCACGAGGUCAUCGACUUUAGUCCUGCCAUUGUCGAGUCUCAAAAGGCAGGGGAAGAUGAAGAGGACAGGACGACGGCCAGGGGCAAGAUUAUGUGGCAGUGUAAUACACCGCGGAUGAGCCUGCUCCCGCCCUGUCUCAUCUACAUUCAAGGAAAAGACCACGAGGGGAAUUACCUGGCGCAGAUGUUGGUUUCGGAACGAACAUGGCGGAUAAUAGAGGACGAGAUCAGGCGGGUGUAA